AUGGAGAAUUUCUUACGAUCUAAGGAGUACUAUCCAAUUGUUGAGGACGACAUCGGAAUUCUGGCGGAAGGAGAAACUUUGACGAAUGCUCAAAAGGCUGAGUUGGAAGCGAGAAAGCUGAAAGAUUUGAAAGCAAAGAAUUAUCUCUUUCAGGCUAUCGAUCGUCCCAUCCUAGAAACUAUUCUGUGCAAAGAAACUUCUAAGGAUAUUUGGGAUUCCAUGAAGAAAAAGUAUCAAGGCAUAGCCAGAGUGAAGCGUGCACAGCUUCAAGCCUUGAGAAGAGAUUUCGAGACUUUACAAAUGGAGGAAGGAGAAUUAGUAUUGAGCUACUGUACUAGAACAAUGGAGAUCAACAACAAAAUGCGCUUCCACGGUGAGAAGAUGGACGAUGUAGCCAUUGUGGAGAAGAUUUUGCGCUCUCUGACAUCAAAAUAUAACUAUGUUGAGCAUGCGUUGAAGGCUUCUACUGAUACUUAUUCCACAACAAUAGAGGAAGAGGUAGAGGUAGAGGCCGAGGCUGAGAAAGAGAAAGAGGAAGAGGAGAUCGUGGAGGCAGAGAUUUCAGCAGAAAUUUCAAAGCCAAUACUGAUCAAUCUCAAGGUAGAGGUCGAGACCAUGACAAAUCCAAGGUAG